AUGAAGGACCCUUACAAAAUUGAAGAAAGCCCAGAGAAGCCCAGUGUUUCUUACAUUGUAGAAUAUAUGCAGCGUGAUUAAAGCCUGUGUCAUCAGUUCGAAUGGUUAGUUGAGGAGAUAAACAAGAAUGGUCUGUCUGCUGAAAGAACUAUAAUUUAUUGUCAAACAAUCCAACAAUGUAGCCAUAUAUAUUCAACAUUAAAGUCAAUGAUUGGAGAUACCAUUUAUGCAGGAAAACUAGGCGGCAACAGAAAUGUUUUGUUGGAGAUGCUUCACUCUUGUUCUCCCCCAUCGAACAAAGAGGCAGUUCUGAAAUCUUUUCAAGAUCCAAAGGGAGUCAUAAGAAUCCUGGUGUCUACAAUUGCAGUUGGUAUGGGGGUAGACUGUAGAGCAGUUCACCAAACCUCACUUUGGCCCCUCAAAAAACCUUGA